UGGAGAAUAUCCCUUGUUUCCCAAUUCCGAGGGUUUUCACUUUUCACUGUGAGUCCUCCCUCUCCUAGUUUCGGGACCGGCUAUGGAGUCUCCUAAGCAUUCCUUGAUUCCCAGCUUCCUCUACUCCUCCUCCGUCAGGUCUCUUCUUCUCGACCAGAUGCUCAAUAACUCCAACCCCAAAUCUCCUUCGCCGCCGACGAUGCUCUCUCAGAAGAAUUUCCUUAUCGCGUCUCCCACCGAGCCCGGAAAGGGUAUCGAGAUGUACUCCCCGGCCUUCUACGCCGCCUGUACCUUCGGUGGGAUCCUCAGCUGUGGUCUCACUCACAUGACCGUUACUCCUCUCGAUCUUGUCAAGUGCAAUAUGCAGUUUGUACAAGGGAAUUGGUCCACUCUGGGGACGCCAGAUUCCUUACACAAUGAUGAAGUUUGCUUCUUUUGAGACCAUUGUGGAGAUGAUCUACAAGUAUGCAAUUCCGAGGCCAAAGGACCAGUGCAGCAAGGGUCUACAACUAGGGGUGAGUUUCGCAGGAGGUUACGUUGCUGGCGUGUUCUGUGCUAUAGUCUCUCAUCCUGCUGAUAAUUUAGUGUCCUUCCUCAACAACGCCAGAGGAGCAACUGUUGGAGAUGCGGUGAAGAAGAUAGGGCUGUUGGGUCUAUUCACAAGAGGGCUCCCUCUACGAAUUGUGAUGAUAGGAACAUUGACGGGAGCACAGUGGGGUAUCUACGAUGCUUUCAAAGUCUUUGUUGGCCUUCCAACCACUGGUGGUGUUGCUCCAGCGGCUGCCAUCAGUCCUUCUGAAGCAAAGGCUUAAACAAUGACGAAGAACAAAGGGUCUCUUACGUUAGCAAUUUUUCUUAGAAAAAAAAAGAAAAAAGAUAACCAGGACAAUGAUGAAAAGAUUUUGAGUCACUCAGCCUGAUUCCAACUUGAUCACUGCACAUUUCUUGAAAGUUGAUUAGUUUCAUCUUUUA